AGCAGCAAAAUCUGAUCGCAAACCUACCCUAAAAUUUCAAGUCGUAAUAAUCUUGUUCUUCUUACAUUGGAUUGAUUUUAACAAUAAAUAUUCUAUAUUUAAUAUAAAACAAAUGAAAACAAACCAUCCGUUUUAAAAUUCUCCAUGCUGCAUGAUGCCUAGGCCUGUGCCUCGAAAAGAGAAAAUCUCGUAUUGAUGGUGGAUACUGAAUUGCACUGCUGUUGUCUGGAGAUACAAACAAUUUUGCCGCUCAAAAUGUUUCAAAAAGUAUUUUUCGUUCCUGUGUUUAUCUUAGUUUGCAGUUUUUCAUAUGUCUGGUGCACGACGAUUCCAUAUUCUGAUCCUUCACGCUGCAGUGUAGGGGAAUUUUUCCAGUUUCCAAGUCUGCGAUGUAAGAGCUGUCCUCUAAAUACGAACCGUAGUGCAGAUGGCUUGAGUUGUGAAUGUAAUAAUGGAUAUUACUUUGUCAAAAAUGGAGGUGGUGGAGACUUUAACGUCAGGUGUCAAGCUUGUGCAACUACUGAAGUGACAUCUCUUGACAAGUGGUCAUGUGUUAAGUGUCCCCUUGGGGUAAGUGGUCUGUGCAGCACAUGCAAUGCAAAUUCUAGUACUGCUAUAUUUGAUAGAGAAAGAAAUGGCAAAAAAUUUCCUGACAAUAGAAGAAGAUGCAUUAGAUGUGAAUAUGACAGCCAGCCAUCUGCUGACAAAACACGCUGCCAAAGAUGUCACCAAAAUGUUCUAGAGAUCACAGCUGCAACAGGCUCCUCAUGCAAUUGUCCUGCAAGUGAGAAAAGCUUUGGGGGUGUCUGCUUUCAGACAACUACUAUAGAGACCUUUGAUAUCUUAGAUUCACCUCAGACCUACACAGUUAGCUACGGUGGACAAUCAGUUGUUUCUGCAUUUUUCAAGGAUAAUCUAAUUGCUGCAGCAAUUCUGUGUUGUCAAAACCAUAACUUCACAGCCUGCCAGCUUCUGGGCAAUCUUUGUGUAAUGCUUGAUUAUUACAGAGACAACUAUGAGGUGACCAGUGUAAACACUGAUGCUUGUGAGGAGUUCUUGAAAAUAAACACUGGAGUAACUAGUGCUGCUAGAUGUGAUAUUGCUUCCACCAGUGUUGUCAAUGGUGUCAGCAACUGGAGAGAAUUCAUGCCAUGGUUGUAUUAUUCGGACAAGGGAAAUAUUGUGCUUUCAAAAACUGAUAUCAGUAUUAAAUAUAAGAAAGGAAACAUACUCAGGUUUGCUGUGGCAAUGUAUACGCCAAAUGGUUCCUUUGUUGGCAUUAUGAAUGACACUAGCAUUUUUACAUUGUGUCCAGAAAGGGAAUCUAAAAAGGUAGCAGCUUUUUCAUUUUUGACAACUUACAAGAUUUCUUGCUCUGUUAUGGUUUCAAAGCUUGUAGCUGAAAGAAUGCUGUUUUAUGAUUUAUAUUACUAUGUUGGAGAUCAAUUGUAUCCUGUGCCACUUUUGAUUGAGAAUUUUAAGUACAAAGGCUCAAAUGUAAACUCUGGAAGUGAUAAAAGCCAAUGGUUCAUGACACGCAGAUUCUUCCUUGUUGAUAAUCUUGGUGCAUCAACUAAGCAAAAUGAGCCUGCAACAGCAAUCAGAUAUGCACAAAGUGUUCAACUUGUGAUCUCUCUAAGAAACUCUGAUGGCCAAAUCCAUCCACCAUAUCUGAAAAUCAAAUAUGGAGUCACCAGUCCAUCAUCAAGCUCAGUGGAACUUUCGUUUUCAACUUCUUAUGAGAUGUCAACUUCUAAAAUUACAGAAAAUGUCAAGAUUGCUGUUGGUGUCCUGUCAGCUUUAGCUGUUAUAUUUGCAAUGAUACGGACUGCUAGCUGGAGAAGGCGAAAUGACAAGUUAUAUUUGGAUGGAAGCAGUCUAAUUCACUUUGUCAUAUUCUCAUUCAGUGCGCUUUCUUUGGUGUUUUUUGCAGUUGUUGCUUGCACGUGCCUUCAGUGGCUCUUGUUUUUCAAGCAACAAACUAUUGUUUACCGUGUGCUCCCGUCUGCAAGCCAAGAAACGUUCCUUCGAGGCCUUCUUAUAACAGGAUUUGUUUUCAAGCUCAUUGAUGUACUUUACAUUCUAUUUUCUCAGAUAUUCGUCGAUGUAUUUUUUAUUGACUGGGAGCGACCACGCGGUCGUAUUGUAAACCCCGGGCAAGCCCAAAGCGAUGCUGACUCGCCAGUGAGCAUAAUACGCACGUUGUUUGUCGCAAACGAGUGGCGGGAAAUUCAAACCAUGAAAAGAAUCAAUCCCACCUUGCAAAUUCUACUGGUUUUGUUUGGACUUAAGGUAAUUGGUUUCGAGCAUCUUACGACAGUCGACCCUGUCAGUCGUUUCUCGGUGAACGAAGCUGUAGAUUACGUCGGUGAAAUCAGUUUCGUUUUUCGCUUUGCUGUUACAUCAAUCAUGUUCGUAUGUGUUGCGGUUGGGCAGUGGCUGUUUUUCGGCAUGGUUUACGAACAUUUCAUUGCUGAUGCCAUAGAAGACUUUGUCGAUUUCUGCUCAAUCAGCAACAUAAGUAUUAUUCUUUUAACACACAGCAAUUAUGGUUAUUACAUUCACGGCAGAUCGGUGCACGGGCGAGCUGAUGCGAGUUUGAGAGAGCUUUACGAGAAUUUCAAACGAGAAGAAGAUGAUCUAUGCGACAAACGUGGGCUCGAGUCAGAAUCCGAUUGCCAAACCUUUGAAGUUCUUCUACCCACUAAAUUUCGAACACAAUAUGAAAAGAUAACGGACGUUUUAGGAAUGAACCAGCAACAAAGACAGAUGGGAAGGAAUCCCAUGCCGCCAAUGGGUCGUUCUGGAGCAGGAGGCAACGAGCCAAAGCUGUCUGCCACUCUGGAGCGCAGUGUCGUUGCAUACAGCACGAUGAACAAGUUUUUAACAAGUUUCAUUGAGCACUCAACCACAGAGCUUGAUUACGUAGUCAAGGAUAAACUUAUGCUAGAGAAAUUAUUGGACAUGGAGCUGCAAGCGCCGUUGGACAAAGCCUUUUUCUACAAAGACAGCGGAAGAUCAUUCACCAGCAAUUUGUUGUAUGGCGUUGAGUGGAGUCUGCUGCUGUUUGACAUCCUCUUCUUCGCCCUUAUUGAUAUGGCGGCAUCAAACUAUAUUCUUGCGGCAGUGCUCACCUACUUUGUUGACAUUUUGAUUGCAACAGCCAGAGACAGUUUUGGCAAAAAGAACCUUGCCAGAAAGACUCUUGUCCAUGAAAGGUUCUUGAUUUAAAGCUCCGUAUCAAUGUGUUAGAACUCGAUAAAGAACUCAAGCAUGAUCGAAUCAAGGGUUUAGCGGAACGUAAGAGGAACAUUCUAUCAUCCUAACAUUUCUGAAAGAAGCCCGGUGCUAAAGCUGCAAUGAAGGGGAAUUCUUGGGGAUUUUUUGAGAUAUAAGGUCAAAGGGAUGAAUUGGAAUGUCUAGGUCCCUUCCUCUCUUGUCUGUUUCAUACGAGAAUAUACAUUUGAAUCCGGAUUUGUGUCAAAGGCAAAUCGAGAGAAGAAGAGCCAUUUUGGAAGUGAGGCGUUGAAAAUCUGUUUAAGGGGGAGACAAAUAAACUGCCUUAUCAGUGUGGACGAGAGCAAUUUGAUAAAUACGAAGGGUUUUGAAAAUGUACACUUUUAAAACAGUGUUUAUGUUUUUUCUUAUAAGUAAAGUGUUUAUGGGGCCUCUGGUCUUUUCGACCACAUACCAACCUGCCAAUGAAUUCAUCAAACUUGUAUAUUUAAGAUACACUCAAAGAAUACGACAUUCAAAGGAAACUUGGCCUUGUAAUCUGUAUGUACACGGCGGUUGCAUCAUAUGUUAUCUAAAUUAUUCUUAAAAUGCACCAUUUAGGUUAGUCGUCUUCUAUAUUUGGUUAAAUUGUUCUACCGGUUACCAGGAUCUGCACGAAUGCAACAGUUACUUGAUACAGAGAUGUAAUAAUGAGAAAGUUUUACAAUGCAUUUAUUUCAAGAAUCAUGAGCAAGCUUCAGGAUUUAUAUCUAUUUUUAAAGAGAUAACUUGUAACUGUAUGAAAUUAUAUCAAAUAUUUUAAGGGAAUACCACAAUGCUGUUAUUCCUGAUGACUCGAACCUCCCAGAGAACGAGGAAAAUUUGUUCAAAUUAACGAUUGCUCGGUUUAUCGAGGACCAGAAAGAUUUAGGUUCAAGGGCAAUGAAAAUCAGUUCGAGUUUCUAGUAAUAAAGGGUCUGCGGGCCUUGGGGAAGUUUCAAAUGGAGUCUAAGAUACGUUAUUCGAAAUAUGGGGGGUUCAAUUCACGUUAUUGGCGGUUAAGGUUAACAGAAUUAUCCCAAUAAUUACACUAUGUUCGCCCCUUGUUAAAAAUACUGAACUGCGGCUCCGUGAAUUCGGACUACAAAGGAGUUUAUCGUUAUAUACGAACUCAAAACUUGGGUCCUGUCCUGAAUUCUAAUGAAUUAUAUCAGUGUUACGAAAAUACAGAGACGUUCUUGCUAUGUUUAAGAUGGCUUCCUUUGGUAGUGUUUUUAGUUGGCUCGUUAUUCUCGUUGUAAAUAAGUUAUUCUAGUUUGCAUCAGCACCUUCUCUAUGUGUUUACGUCAUGUCAACUUUUUGGUAUCUUAAUUUUGUUUGCAUCGUUCUUUGUUGAUUUUGUUUAAACAUUAUGUUUCUCAUACACUUAAAACUUGACAAUAUCACAAA